GAGUCUUUUCAGCCUAAAAACUCCGUAAAGAAUUCUGACACCGGAGUGGGACGGCGUGCCCUGCCGUGCUGUGCAGGCGCACCGGCCCGUGAGCUUCGUUUUCAGCUCUACUUCUCCGUAGCUCAUGCGUGCGAGACUGCUCAUCUCAUGAGAGGGCAGCUCGCUCUCGCUGUGACUGACUGAUGCCAUCGCAGGCAAGCAAACGAACGAGACGCCUUUUUUCCAGUCCGCGCUCCGGCGUGUCUGCCUGAGGACGCCUGCGUGUAGUCACCGCACCGGGACCGGGAUACUAGUACACGCACUCCCCGCCCUCGGCCCUUCCCUUGUACAUACAUAUAAACAAGUGUUGUGUGAUCGGCGGCCAGGGAGCUGCCCUUCCUUCCAGUCUCGCGGUCGCCGGAGAUAGGCCGGAUCGCCGCACCGUAGCGGUUACCUGCAGCCGACGGCAAUCGGAAAGCAGCGAGCGAAUGCAAGCUUCUCCUAUUUGAUUGAUCUCGGGAGCUCCUCCGACACUGCGCGCAAUCCCAAAUUUGACACGGAAUCACAGCGAUGUCAGUGAGCCAUGCCGACGAGCACGAGAUAUCUCUGUGCGAUCCCAACUCCGAGGACGACCGGCGGCGUCGGAAGAUCGGGUCGCUGCCGCGGAAGGCUAUCCAUGCGCUGCGCAAGAAGCGCGCCCGGCGGCGCGUCACUGACUUCCGGUUCCCCGCGGCCAUCUCCAUCGAGGACGUCCGCGACGCCGAGGAGGAGCGCGCCGUCGCCGCCUUCCGCGACCGUCUCGCCGCGCACCGCCUCCUCCCGGACAAGCACGACGACUACCACAUGAUGCUGAGGUUUCUGAAAGCCAGGAAGUUCGAUUCCGAGAAGGCGAUGCAAAUGUGGUCGGAGAUGCUGAGGUGGAGGAAAGAGUUUGGUGCCGACACGAUCUUGGAGGACUUUGAGUUCGACGAGCUCGACGAUGUACUCCAGUACUAUCCUCAGGGCUACCAUGGCGUCGACCGCGAAGGCAGGCCGGUGUACAUUGAGAGGCUGGGCAAAGUUGAUCCCAACAAGCUCAUGCAGAUCACCACGGUGGAUCGCUACAUCAAGUACCAUGUGCAGGAAUUCGAGAGGGCCUUCAGGGAGAGGUUCCCUGCCUGCACACUGGCAGCCAAGAGGCACAUUGACUCCACUACCACUAUACUGGACGUCCAAGGCGUGGGGUUCAAGAAUUUCUCAAAGACCGCAAGGGAGCUUGUCCAACGUAUGCAGAGAGUAGACAGUGACUACUAUCCUGAGACGCUACAUCAGAUGUAUGUUGUGAAUGCAGGCAGUGGGUUUAAACUGAUCUGGAACAGUAUUAAGGGAUUCCUUGACCCAAAAACUUCUUCCAAGAUCCAUGUUCUUGGUUCGAACUACCAGAGCAGACUUAUUGAAGUUAUUGACUCAAGUGAAUUGCCAAAAUUUCUUGGCGGAUCAUGCACAUGUAGUGACAAGGGUGGUUGCCUCGGGUCUAAUAGGGGUCCAUGGAAUGACCCUGUCAUUAUGAAGCUAAUACACAGUAUGGAAGGUGGUAGUACUAGAGAAAUAAAGCAAGUUUCUGACGGGGAUGAAAGAAGUGGCUCUUCCCUAAGGACAGAAAACCUGAAGGGUAUGCUCAGUGACAUAUCUAACGCUGAAUCUGAGUCGGAUGUUGAUGAUGUUGGUUUAACAGUUGUCCAAAAGAGUACAGACCACAGUUUACUUACCCCAGUUCAUGAAGAAGUCAAGGGGUCAGAUUCUUCGAUAUUCUGUAGUUCUGGCAGUAAGCAUCUCCUAGACAUGACUCCUCCCCAGGGAUCCCCUCCAAUGGAGGUGCCCAUUCAAUUGACCUGCCAGAAAUAUUUUCCUACCUUUGGAUGGCUAAACAAUUUAGGGAGUACUUAUAUUAGUUUGCAUGGUACAUCUGCUGGAAGGACUUUGGAAAACCUUGUUACUGGACUGAUCGCAGUCUUGAUCAGAAUAUCAUCUUUCUUCCACCUUUUCGUCUAUAGACAAGAAAGAUUUCUAGAAAAUGUCCAUCCUUAUGCUGCAUCAGAGCAACCAAAACCACAAGUUGUAAGAGAAGAGGACAUGAGUGCUUGCUUACAGCGUCUCAAGAAGCUCGAGUCACUGUGCGAUCACCUCAUGAGCAAACCUCCAGAUAUGCCGAAAGAGAAAGAACUUCUAUUGUUGCAGUCCUUCGAUCGGAUUAAAUCCCUUGAGGCUGAACUGGACAUGACGAAAAAAGCGUUGCAGGCUGCCGUGGAAAAGCAGAUGGAAUUGGUGGAUACGGUGGAGGCUCUGCAGCACCGAUCGUCUAGCGUUAGGCGGAGAUUUUGCUGUUCAUAGGAGUAGAUCGUCCUUGCGCCGAAGAUGUCUGGGUUAGCUUUUUACUCGACUUUUGAAACAUGGUGCCGCCCUGUAUGCGCGCAUGUAAAUUGAUCAGUUUUUGUAGCUACUAGCACCAGUGUCCUGCUUGUUACACUCUGGCUUCUGUGACUGAUCUACAGAGCCUUGCAGGAAUGGGUUGAAUGCCAAAGCUUUCGGGUGUGUUUGUUUUGCUGGCUUCCUUCUGGAAAUAAACCAAACUAGUCUAAGUCUGGUCCUAA